UACCGAGAAUUCAAAAUGGUGGUGAUAAAAUGCAGUAAAGAUGGUCUUUUUGCCGUGAUUUGUGGAAAGAUACUUCGCGUUUACGACUUACGAGAAUCAACUCUGGUUCACAAAUAUUCAUUUUCCACGGAUCCCACAAAACCCGUAGAACCAAAGGACAACGAGGGUCAAUCAUCGCAAACGACAUUCACCUAUGAUUACGGCUGCGUCUUCUCCAACUCUGGCAAAUAUUUGGCUACAUUCUCCGAUGGGAAAGACUUGGCAGUAUUGAGGACCACAGACUGGAAACAAAUUGGAAAAAGGAAAGCUGCAAAGAGGCUCACCUCAGUGUUAUUCACAAAUAAAGAAGAUUGCAUUGUGAUCAGCGACAAGGCUGGAGAUGUUUACAGCUAUAAUAUCUCGGAAGAAAAUGGAUUGUCCAACGAGUCUCUCCUUCUUGGUCACGUGUCCAUAAUCCUUGAUAUGGCCAUAUCACGUGAUGACAGAUACAUUCUCACUGCUGAUCGUGAUGAGAAGAUCCGUGUUAGUCAUUUUCCAAACUCCUACAAUAUCGAGUCUUUCUGUCUUGGCCACACGGAAUAUGUUUGGAAAAUCAUUAUUCCCGAAAAAAUGCCCGAUAUUUUGGUAUCGGCUUCUGGGGACGAUACUUUACGAUUUUGGGACUAUAAACAUGGGAUAUCAGUUCACAGCAACAUACAACUCGACAAGCCAAGCAAAGUUGUUUCCUGUUUAGCAAGCAGCAGAACGGAAAACGUUGUUUUCGUCGGGUUUGAAGGGUCACUUUCUGUUAGUGCUUUCAAAAUAACUAGGGAAGAAGAACUAAACGUCGAACAGAUUUCAUCAGCAGACCUGAAACUCGAUGGGCCACCAUGUUGUUUUGCCGUUGACUAUAAAGAUCGUUUGUGGGUCGUUCAAUCUUAUGAAAAACAACCUUUUGUGGUUUUUGAGAUGUCCUUGAACGAGGGAGGCUAUGAGUUUAAAAGACAGUCCGUGAGUCUACCCAUAACACUCCAAGACCAAAAGAUCAUAUACGAGACGACAGAGCAACGGCCGUGUUUGGUAGAUUUGAAAAAGAAAGGAGACCCGGGUUUUGGAGCAUCGGAUUAUUACAACAGGAAAAAAGAUCGAAUUGAGGCCAAGAGAAAAAAAGAUGCGAGCGAAGUUCAAACGAAGAAAAUAAAAACUUGAAAUGCAAUAGUUUUUAGGAAUAGUUUUAUCGUGUUUUGUGUGUGUGUGUGUGUUUAACGCAUUCUUGUAUACGUGUAUGUAAAGUUAUUUAUCUGGUAACAAAGAGCUUUUUUUGAGCCGCUGUUAAACGUGUUUUACUCUCUGUCAUACUAAUUCUUGUGCAGAAGGUUCGUUUUUAUAACCUUUCAAAGAACUUGAUCGUAAAAUUGCAAUAUUUUGAUCAAGAUUUAAAAAAAAAAAUACUC